ACAGACCUCCGAUUCACACUGAAAGCAGGUUACAGCCUUACAGGUGGUAUGCAAGACACUGCUGAGGCUUCAUAUUGUCCAGUUUCGCAUUUCAGUUGAGUCAUUUAUAAGUGAGUGUCUCUGAUGGCGACUCACAGCCAAGGAAGGGGCUCUAGCAGCGUCGCUUCGCCUCACAGUGACGAGUUCGAGGCGUCAGAAAGAAGUAGUGUAUUGGCAGCGAACUGUCAGGCUAGUGAUAAUCAGAUCACAGAGGAGAACAGUAUCUCACCUGUGGCACCAAGUGGCGAAGUAGGCGUACAGGUCCCACUUGAAAACAUCGUUACCCCCUUUCUAAGACAUAACUCUGAUGGCACAGUCGCUUUUUUUGCACAAGAUCCGCUCAAAACUGCAAGGGCAUCCUCAAAGCCUGUGGUCACAAUCAAGACGAAUAGGAAUGUCUAUUUCGAUAACGAUGAGAUAUCGGGCGUGAUUAAUAUUCAGUCAGAUAGUGAUAGGGUUUUCCCUAAUACCAUGGCGUUAUUAUUGUGUCGAUACGCGGCCAAGAAUCCUAAUCUACCACCACGCGAGAAAGUCUGCACUUUACACUGCACUAAGUAUGCGGUGGCAGGUUCGUUGUUCGUUCCCAUAGGAGUCACGAAGAUACCAUUCUCUUUCAUUACACCCGAGAAUGUGCCUCCGUCUUUUGAGUCGCGUUGGGGUGAUGUGCUAUGGGAGAUCAGGUUGGUGCAUCAAGGCUCUUCGACUCCGCUGGUCACACUUGGCAAAUUUAAGUUUCGCAAGGCUUCGCUAUAUUAUAGUCUUCCGGGGUAUCGUCCUACGUCACAGGCAGAAAGGUUUAUGUAUUUUACGGGCAAGACAUUGCGUAUCGAGGCUUCGCUGGCUAACGAUGUCAUAUCUAUAGGGGAUGCGGUUGACGUCAUCGUGAGUAUGCACUAUGACACAACAUCUGGCAAAGCAUUACCUAUCAAGAAAAUUAAGGGGAGUAUAAUGCAGAAUUUGUACGCUCGGAAAAAAGCAAUAGUAAUCAUGAACAAAGAAAUUGCUUUAGAGAAUACUGUUAUGGAGCCAAAGGCUUGGCUUGCGGAUACGGUCACGAACGCCGAUGGCGUGACGGCAGAGAAAAAGUUUUCGUUAAAACCACAAAAUGUAGCUAAAGCCGGUGUCCAACGAGUUAAAAAUGCCCAGGGACGUGUGACCUCCAUUUUGAUUGCACCAUCUGCAGUCCACGACGGUGAAAGAAGCACGGUAUGGCUGAAGUACGAGGUUUUGCUAAGGUUUGUCCUGGUAGGGGCACCAGAUAUCAUAUUGAAAUUACCGUAUCACCAGCAGAAUACGCGUGACGAAGCAGAAGCGUGCGGUAUCGAAGACAUUCACGAGCGGAUGGUAUUUCCUGAAACAGAAGAACCUCCUAUAUAUGCGUCGCACAGACGUAUGUCCGUACCCGCCUAUCAAAAUUUGCGCAGAGGCAGCACCGAUUUGGGGAACCCGAAGCACAUCGACGGCGUAGUAGAAUUUGAGCAGCCAAUGUUAGAAGUCGACGAUGGGAGCGAGUUAUUAUCGAUAGACCAAUCAGUCGAACAAGAUAAGGAGUCUUUCAGCAAGUCUGCGGUAUCACCUGCUCGGUCAAUGGGUUCAAUGGCCACUGGAGGCAGCACGGGACUUCAUGAUAUGCCCACUUAUGAAGAGCUGAAUAUAGAAGAAUAUUGUCAACGUUCAGCCACUUCAUCGCGUACUGCUUCUCGUCCUACUUCCCGUCCUACUUCGCGGCGUCCAAGUACGGCUUUUUCACCAACAAGUGAUAGGCGUCCUAGUACGUCGAGCACUCUAGCAGAUACCGGAAAGCAACGACGGCCCAGCGUAGUGAUGGGCUUAAUGGAAUUGAGUGGGUUGGGGAGAUCACUACCGGAUGGUAUGAACAGUGGAUCUACUGGUAGCCUACCGAGAACUCAUUCAGGACGACCAGCUCCAGUCAAGCAAAGGAGUAAAAGUAGUACGUUGGUGGGUAUGUUUAGACGUAGAGCUUCAUCUAUUGGUCAAGGUCGAUCGGGUGUGGCAGCAUUGGCUGCUGCCAACGAAGAAGAUACUGAGUACAAGUCGCCUUAUUUUCCAGAUGGGCGGAAGCAAAGUGAGGCUGAUGCCAGCAGAGUCGGGACGGGAGUGGAUAUUGGCUCAAGCUACACUAGUGGUUCACGACGUAAUUUUAAUAUCAAUGUGGAUACCCCUGAGCUUGAAGACGACGCAGCCGAAGUUGAUGAGGAAAUACCGGCCAGUUAUGGUGAAGAGGAAGCCAGUGGUGAUAGGGGUGAUUAAUUCUAAGUGAUUAAAAUAUAUUGAGAUGUCUGUA